UGAAAAAGCCAGUCACAAUUUGUGUCAACACAGAUGUGAAACUAUUCAGUCGAUUUCUGCCAUCAACACGCAUUUACACUCCUCAUCAAAAUGAAGUACCUUGCAGCUUAUUUACUUUUGACCGUCGGCGGUAAGGCCUCCCCUUCUACCUCUGACAUCGAAACUGUCCUCUCUACUGUUGGUAUCGAGAGUGAAUCCGCUCGUGUCGAGUCUUUGUUGAACGAACUUCAAGGCAAGAACCUCGAGGAACUCAUUGCCGCUGGUAACGAGAAGCUCGCUACCGUUCCCUCUGGAGGCGCUGCUGCUGCUCCUGCUGCCGCUGGUGGUGCUGCCACUCCUGCUGCUGAAGAGGCCAAGAAGGAAGAAGCCAAGGAAGAGGAGGAGUCUGAUGAAGAUAUGGGUUUCGGUCUUUUCGACUAAACUUAGUUUUCCCCUUUCAAUUCCUCAACGUAUCUUCAUAUAAAAAAUCUAUUGCCGUGUUGGUUCUUAUUACAUGCUGUUUCUCUGUAGCUGUCCUUGCUGUAGUAGAUUUUGUAACAUACACGUACC